UGACGCAUAAAAACUAGUUAACAAGAAGGCUAGGAAAUCCCUCUUUGGGUUAAUUUGAGUAGAGAAGCAGCGGAGUCCAAUAAGAAAGCACAUGAUACAAAAUUGGACAAUUAUAUUACUGAGGUCAAAUUGAGACAAAAUGGGAGACUGCAGCAAGUAUACCAUGAAAAACCAUCCUGACUCAACAAUCAACUGUUGUGGGGAUGAUGAAGAACCAAAGUACUGCACUGUUGUCAUGCAGUGUCAAAAGCCACGUUCAAAAUGUGGAUCAAGAAAAUGGAAAAUUGUUAUAGGAGCAGCUUGUGUAGCAAUGGCAUGGGCAAUUAUUUGUGGCUUUUAUAUCUAUGCGAAGACAGAAAUACAUGUAGGAAGCAGCAUUGAGGAGGCUAGAGAUGAUAUACUCUAUAAAAAAGGAGUAAAACAUGUCAAACCACUCCGUUGUAAAAACUGCUUUCAAUUCAAUCCACAAUUGCUUAUCAACAACCCAGGAGCUUGUGGUCUUGAAGACGGUCACCCGACAUUGUUAAUUCUUGUGGGGUCUCGGCCGGAGAAUAAAGCACAGCGAGAUGCUAUCCGGAAUACUUGGGGAGGACAAAAAAUUAAUGGAACGACAAUCAAAACAGUGUUUUUAUUUGGAUUAACUGAUUCUGAGAAGACUAAGAAUCUGAUUCUAGAAAAUUCACUGCACCACGACAUAAUUCAGGGUUCAUUUUAUGACUCCUACAGAAACUUAACAUAUAAAAGUGUCAUGGGUUUAAAGUGGGCUGCCGAGAACUGCGGGAAAGCCCAGUAUAUCAUGAAAGCUGAUGAUGAUACGUUUAUCAGAAUAGGCUGGUUAAUGCAGUUUUUAAAUAGGUUAGAUCCAAAAAAACGUUUUGUUACAGGGAAUUGUUUCACAAGUCGUCCAAUACGCAACAAGACAUCAAAAUGGUAUACAAAAGAAUCAGAAUACAAUGAGCAAUUUUAUCCAAUGUACUGCUCAGGUCAGGGGUACAUAAUGUCACAAAGUGCUCUUCAGGAUAUUGUACAGAUUACCCCCCAUGUGCCAUUUCUGUAUUUAGAAGAUGUAUACAUAUCUGGCAUGUGCCGCAAUGCCUUGAAUAUAUCGUACAUACACAAUGAACAGAUCGGUUUAGAAUCUCGCUUCAUCAAUGACUGUGACUACCUAAGCUGGGUCAUCAUGUCCCAUUACGUCGAUCACACCGAAAUAAUAAGACUGACAAGACUCACCACAGAUGACAAUUACAUUGGGACGUGCAUUUCACAACAGGUACCAGUCACAAAAACAACACUUAUUGUCAUUUCACUUAGUUUAACAAUAUGUAUCAUGGUAAUAUUUUGCUACCGCUCUUAUCUCAAAAGAUUACGAGGCAGAGAAUUUAACAUAGUACCACGGCUGAAAUAUUCAAAACUGCGAAGACGGUCAAGACAUUCUUUUGGUCAAGACUCACAAUGGACUAGCAAAACUCACAGGCUAUGAGAUAUGUUUUGACCAUUUUUUAAUGAUCUGUUCAUCCUGUCACCACAAUGUAAAACAGUCUCAGGUUAUAAAGACAGUACAUUAACACUGAAGCACACUGCAGCUGUAAAUUUUCAUAACACAUGUAAUUUGUAAAAAAAGUAUUAUUGUUG